AUGAGGCCUGAAGAGCAACAGCACUAUUUCUAUAACACAGGGCCCGACAUCAGGGACCCGCUAGGCGUACCGGCGGCGCUGAUGCACACUGAGCCCGGUAUUAGGUGGCCGCCGCAGGCGGAGGAGCACGGAAUGCAGGCCCAGGUCCUGAGCUUCAACGACGGCAUGUGCAACUACCCGAUGGGCGCGCCGCCCGAGACGGCGGGCUACCCGCAGGACGUGACCCCGAGUACAGGGUCGUCGUCGACACCGCCAGGGAGCAGCUUGGGCAGCCAGAAUCACCGGCAGUUCGUGUCGCCCUACAGCCAGGACGGGAUGCUUGAUAGCCUGGACCUCAUAGAGAAGAAGAAGGCGCAGAACCGGGCCGCGCAGAAGGCCUUCCGCGAACGCAAGGAGGCUCGCUUACGCGAGCUGGAGCAAAAGCUCAAGGAGAGCGAGCAGAACCGCGACGCACUGUUCCGUGAGGUGGAGCAGCUUAAGCGCGAAAACCAGGUGAUCAACAACGAGAACCGCAUGCUGUUGCAGCGCACUACCAACAACCCGUCUGCUGGCGCAGCGGAGGGGCCGGAAAAGUUUACAUUUCCCGCGAAGGACACAGCUAUCUCAGACCCCACUGAGGGCGGCCAGAAGCAGGGCAUCCAGUACUUUGCGGGGGGCAAGAAGCUACUGACGGUGCCCGCGACUUGGGAGUACUUGCACAAGAUAUCGCUGCAGCGCGAUAUCGAUGUGUACUAUAUCAUGCAGCUGUUAAAGGGUGCCGAAGUAUGCCAUGGGUUUGGCCCUGCAUAUCCCAGAGAGCUCAUAGACUCGCUGGUCGGAGAAUGCCUGAAUGAAGACAGGAAAUCCUGA